AUGAAACGUGGUUUUCGGUACCUUUUCAAUCAGGAAAAAUUGAACAACAAAAAUGGUAAUGAUGAUGUGGGAGUGGAGCAAAAACGCGGAUUUUUUCAGAAAUUCUUCCAUCCAACAAGUUCACGUUCACUGGGUGGAGGUGAAGGAACGAGCGCAGAGCCGGAAAGAAGGCCACUGUUACAUGAUGAUGACGAAUAUGCUGUAAUUGACAGACAACAGGAUGAAUUCGUUAUCUCUAUUAACAAGGAAAAACGUGAAAUGUCAGCACCAUUAUCGCCGAAAAGUGUCACAUUUGAGGAUGAAUUGCUCAGUACAGCAACAGAGCGGCGUGGUCAAAGUGUGGCGCCACCUCCUACAUUUUUAACAAGAACAACUACACCUACGCAACAAGCAUUCAUCAAUUUUGAUUAUGAUGUGUCGCAGAUUUUAGGAAUAAAUCAUGAGCGUGAUGUGCAAUCACCAUCGAGAAGCACUUUAUCUGAUCGAGAGUAUUUUUCACCAGUUCGUUCAAGUCGUGAUGCAUCAUUAGCUUUGGAUGAAGCCACAAAUGAUUUGUUACGUCUUUCUUCACAGCCGCCAUCGGUUUGGUAUAGCAGUAGUUCACGUCCACUGCACGCCGAUCGCAUCCCAAAAUCUGCUUCUACUACAUCUAUGAAUAAAAUUAUUAGGACAAAGGAUGGCGAGUUAGUAAAACUUUCAAAUGCAUUCACUUGGGAGACUGAUCGGUUAAGUGAUCUUGGUCCUAGCGAUGCAUCAACAUAUGUAGAUAAAGAAGGACGACGACAUCAAACAGUUACCAUUUAUAGUAAUGAAAAGAGACAAGGGCCACCAAUAGUUCGAACAACAGUGGAAGGAAAAUUAAGAAUGGAAAAAGUUGUUGGGGCAAAUCUCAUAUCCGUUAAAUAUUAGAUCAAGAUUUAUGCUUCAGUUAAACUGAAUGAUGAUGCUAAGAGUUAUUUUACUGAACAGGUAAGAACUACGUUAGGGAAUCGUACGUUAAUUAUGGAAGAAUCGAUGGAUGGUGAGAAUCGUGAUAGAGAUUUCAAAAUGAGUCUUUAUGAAGAUGGUCAAUUAAAAACAAAAGAUGUCGCCGAUUUUCAAAUACCGUCGAAUGUGGAUAAAGCGAAAUAUCUCUCCUUGCUUAGCCAACGAUUAUUACAUGAUAUGGAAAUAUUGAAUCAACAGGAAGAACCGAAAACAACUCGGGUCGAAGUAGAAGUGAUUGAGAAUGUGACGAAAAUACUCAAAACAUAUAUUGUUGGAGAACGCAAUGAUUUGCUUCAAGAUCACCUGGUCGAUCAGACAGUUAGUGCAGUUGAUAAAAGUACUUACGACCAAGAGCUGCUAACAUCAUCAUAUGAUUUUACCGAAAAGGAAUACAUGGAUGUUUCGGAAAAAGAGGCGAUAACCAUCCAACCAUCAGCUGAUAUUAAAUUUCUUUUCGAAGGUCAUCAUUAUGAGGAUCACUCUGAAAUACGAUCCCAUCAAAGAACUGGUUCGGAAGCAACAACAACAUCGGAGAGUGCACCGUCAUCUUGUAUUUACAUUAAUGUAGAAUGCAUCUUGAAACGCAUGGAAGAUCGUUCACUCAAUGAGGUUAAUGUUGCAGUGCCGAACGUUUUCUCAGCUGUAUUAUCUCUAAUACGUGAACGUAUUCUACCACAAUUGCCAAAUAUUGUUAGCUAUGGAAUGGAACAACAUGGAAAACAGUAUUCCGGUGAAACAACGAUCAAACGCUUACAUCGUUUUGAAUCCACCGAAUCAUUCGAUGAAGUGCAGAAGGCAGUGGUUCAUACUCGAAAAGAACAACCAAGCUUCUUGUUUGAGAAACCUCAGAUAAUUGAACCGGUGAAAAUUCCGGUAUUAAAUAUUACGGAAUUAGAUCUACGGCGAAUGGCAGAUACAUCAGCAAUUCUGGCAAAUUUCGCAAUUCCGCGUACCGAUCAAAGUCAAUUGGACAUCGAACGUCGUUACGAAUUUCGUGAAGCCCAAGGUGGCAGUUACGGUAUACAGCAGAAAGGACAGCAUUUCGAGGGUGAAAUGAUCCUUAAAAAAAAACGACGUCUUUUUUUGGAAUCAGAAUCAAUUUCAGAAGAAGAUAUUUGUGGACCAACAUACUUGAAUUUGACGAAGCAGGAAGCUCGUGGAGAAUUUGAAGUUGCAAUAAUCAUUUCUAACGAUCAUCGCAGUUCUCCAAAGCACUUUCAAGAAAGCGAACCCACUGAAGUUAUCAAUUUAAUCGCACAGAUCAGCACGAAUGGAAAAAAGGAGGAGAUACUUGCUACUCUUGCAACUAAGAUUAGUUGUAAAGAAGUAUUCAGCGGGCAAGAGAUGAAUAUCGUAACCAGCAAUGCAAUCAUAACAAUUGACAAACUGGCCAGUACAGUGAUGAUGUCUUGUGACAACGUACGUCACGCUUCACGAUUUUCUGAUGGACAUGUAUUAAAAACGAAGGCUGCUACGGAAGAAACAGCUAUAGUUAUGCUCAGUAUGGGACAUGUUAGCAAAUACUCCAAUCAGCUCACGAUAGAAUUUAUCGUGAAAGACGUUAGCAGGCAGAAAGCAAGUCUUUACUCACGAGCAAGUCUUGAAAAUGAGCGUGCUUCAAACGUAUCACUGAAUCGAGGAUCAAAAAUGUUGGCUGCAAGUAUACGAUUAUUUGAACGUAUGAAGCAGAAUGAACAAAUGACGAUUACUGAAUUUGGAGACGAAAGAGAACAAGUUGUUAUAUUGUUACAACGUGCAGGUAUCAUGUGUGGACAGGUGCAACGUGAGUGGCCCGAAGCAGUGACAGGUAGGUCAAGAACCACUUGCACUACUAUCAAUACCACUACUACCAAAACUUUUAAUAUUUUUGAAGCUCUCACCGACACUUUCAUGACCACCGCUGAUUUUCCAAGCACUGAUUUAACAACAAAUACAACGAUUAAACAUUUCCACUUAUCUAAUUUCAAAACCAUUUUACCGACUCAUAGUAUGGCACAAAAAAUUUUCCCAUUAAUUGAGGUCGCAACCGUUUCAUUGAAUCUUUCCGUCAAUUACACACAGCCUAUUCCGGAAAAUUUCGAUGAAAUUAGAGUUAAAAUUGCACGAUUAUGUAACAUUGAUGAAAUUAAGCAGCAAAUUAAUGAGAAAGAAGCAUCUUUACAAAUGUUCGUUAAAACAAUGAAAGAUGGUGAUGAUAAUAGUGGACAAGUUGGAGAAAUUUUUGAUACUUUUCGGAGAGCUCGUGACACCUGUACGAACGAAGUAAGCAUUAUGAUGGAGCCUCAAUGGUCAGAUAAUGAUUUAAGGGACGAAACGAAAGUUUUAUCAUCAUUGCAUACAACCUUUGAAUGUAUUCAAAGUGGAACUGAAUUAUCAUUUUCUUGUGAUAGUCAUUAUAUACAUGAAAAAUCAACUAAACAAUCAACUGUAAAUGUUGAGAAUACAAAGGAAUCGCCUAAAACUAGUAAUAUAUUAGGGAUGGAUGAAACGAAGACAGACGACGCAAAUGACAUAUGUGAAGUAUUUCCUCAAUCUAAACAUCAAACGAAAAAGGAACGAAUAGUACCUAUUGAACAGAUUUCAACCAUAAGUUCAAGUAAUAUGAAUAGCAAUGAAGAUUGGUUCAGUGAUGCACAAAAACAGUGGAUCACCGCAAUUUAUGAUAAUUCACGUUCUUCGAGAGUUAAUUCUUUCCGACCUUUCGAUGCUGUUGAUUCCUAUAGAACAACUGAUCAUUUAUUUAGAAGCAUGGAACACGUAAAUGAUAACUGUAGAAUGGAAAACUUAAAUUAUUUGGAAAGUGCAUCACACAACUUAAGUGAAAGGCAGGAAUCAAUGUCACUAUGUAAUAACAUAUAUGAAGCAUGUCUAACAUUGAACCCAGUUGAUAAUACUCGUGAGCAACAACUUGAAUAUGGACAAAAAAGUAAACGGAUGCAUUUGCAAGAAUUCCUCUAUGAUGCGCAACAAAAAGAACAGCAACAGCUGUACACUUUUCCGAGAGUAAAACAGAAAGAAUUGAAAGGAAAGCUGUAUAACACUGCAAGUGAAACACGUGUUGCGAUGUUACAUGCAGGCUUCGAUCUUGAUACAACAUUACUUGCGACACCAGAAAUAGAGACGCAAUCAACAUUUGUAAGAGAUCGCAGCGUAACGACGAGUGAAUAUUUUUCGGAUGAACGAAGUUGGACUGCUACCACAGAAUCAUAUUAUAAACAACGAAAUAUCCAUAUGGAACAAAUAUCUAAGUCCGCUGCUGAUCUAUAUGAAUCUUCGCUGGAAGAGAAUUCUGGAGCAUUCGAUGAAAUAAGCCAUAUUUCAGAUGCAACAUACAACCAUAUGAAACAGUCCGAAAUAGCAAAUCCAGAAAAAAUCAAUAUGGAAAUGAUUCAUUCUUUUACCACUAGUCUUGAAUCCUCUGCAUUAAAAGAAUUUCUCGCAUUAACAGAGGGUGAAUCGAGUACUGUUUCGGAAACAUGCAGAUAUGAUGUUACAAUUGAGAAAUCCAAACAGCAUGAAGCAUCUUCAGUUGUAUUCUCAGCCGGAUAUCACGAUUUCAUACAACCAAAAAAGAUCGCAGAUGAAGCUUUAAUUGCUAAAAAGGAGGAGACAGAUUCAGAAAUAGAUGAACUCAAGAAAAAGUAUCACGAUUCGAUGUCAGUCUGGGGAACGAAUGUAAAGCAUAUUCAGGAUGAAAUUCCACCAUUAAGUCUUGAACACCAAAAUGAAAUAUUUCAGCAAACAACUAGUAGCACUACAGAAACUAUGGAAAUCACUGAGCAUAUGAUAUUAGGACCAGUACAAAAUAAAAAUAUUGCCAUAGUUGACACUGGAACAGGAACGAUAGAAACACACAAGCAGGAAGUAAGACAUAACAUUAGUGAAGUAGAUUAUCAUCAAGCAAUUCCACAAGCCCUUUCUACUUCACCGAAAACAAUUGCUAAAGUAUUAGUUUCGGAACAAGAAAUAAGCCAAACUGGCGCGAUUACUUUCAGUAAAGUUACACAGCCAAUUAAACAAGCAUGGAGUGAAACUGCACCGAUAAGUCGUGACUUGAUAACUACCUUGCAGAUGUCAACUAUGGAAUCCGAAAAAACGGAUGAUCGGCUUAAUUUUAAAGAAAUGAAUAAUAGAUUUAAUGCUGUUGCGCAUUUCCCACCCAAAUUCACGAGAAAGUUAAUUUCGAAGCCGAUUGUUGUAACCGAAAAAGCAGUAUCAGUUACACAGGAUGAAAUAGGUGCUGUAACAAAAACGCCGAGAACAAAAAUAGUGCAAGAACAGGAAGAACUUGUGAAGGAGUUUGAACAAGUACGACAACAUACCGUAACACAAUUCGAAAUUAUUGAAGGACAAAUGACAACAACUAAUACCUUCCGAGACUCGGAAUUUCUAGAAGAAAUGAAGCAUCUGAAAGGAGAAACUCAAGUACUAUCAAAGGUUCAGCAGGAAAAUCGAGAUGUAAGAGAGCUAACGGAAGGUUUCACUGAACAAACACAUAAAAAACGUCAGUUGAUGAUUGCGGAAGAAUUGGUAAAACCUGAAUUGUCCGAACAAGUAAAUAUGCAAGAGAUCGAAGAAGACCUAUCGAUAUAUCAACAGACAUCAACAAAAUGGAAAUUUGUGAAAUGUGCAAAAACAGAAAGUGAGGGACAAUUUUACCAAAUCGAACGUCGAGGCGUAAAUGCAGAAGUUCAUGGUGUGAUUAAAGAAAGUCUUAACCUUCAGAUUGCUACAAAUUUAACAGCAAGUACUCUGAAUGUAUCUCGGCUAGAAUUGGAAAUAAAAAAAGCCUCAGCGAUUACAGAUGCUGCUAUUGAAUCAAAUCAGAUAACGAUAGCAACUGACACGACAGAAGCAGAGCUGAUUCAAAAUACUGAUCUGAGAUAUACAUCUGAUCAAGUUGCUAAUAUUGAUAGAACUCUAGAAGUAACAAACAUAGUUGGGAAAGAAGUCAUCCUUGGGGUUCCAGAAUUUGAAGCAAAAACAAGAAAUUUCACGGAGUUGUGCAAAUCAGAAGAAAAAAUAGAACACGCAGUUACAGUAGCAAAUGCUAUAGAAUAUAAUGAAGAAGCAACUAAUUCAAGCGAUGUAUUUCAACGAAUUACAGUUCAAGGGACAGUUGAGCAGUGCACGAAAAUCAUUACUGAUGAGGUUGAACCUCAGAUUGACGUCGAUGCACAGUCUGCUUCAAAUGAAAGUGUCACAGAAGAUAUUGUUUUGGAAGUAUCAAUUGGAUAUAAGGAAGAAGCAUUAGUUUCUGGAUUGAACGAAGUGCUGAGAAGGGCAUCUGCGGAAAAGGUAAUACCACUCACACAAAUACAUGCGGAAAAGCUAGCUAUUACAGCUAUCACGGAACAAAAUAUUGAGUUUUCGAGGAUGAUCGAAAAGAUGGAAUCGUUCGAUACCAUUGGAGCAAAGCGUUCCCUGAAAGAAGUUGCUACUGAUAAAAAACAGCUAAUGAUUACUUCUAAAUCACAAGAACAUUCGUUGCUCAAGAAGUCUUCCGAUGAAGAGUGUAGUAAUACGAUACCAGAUAUAGAAAUCAUUCGAACUCAGGCAUAUGUUGUCGGAUAUGGCACUGCGCAAAUAGUAACCACGGGUUCGUUCGCAAGAUUGGAACACAAGGAAGUAGCGGAAAAAGCUGAAACACAAAUUGUCUCUUCAGUGAAACUUGAAAGUUAUUUUAAUACGCAGUUGGUUGCUUCAGAAUCUUCCUCGUUGGAAAUACAGCUAGAAUGCAACCGUAAUACUCAACUGGAUGUUGCCUGUAAUAUUGCACAAAAAUCAGUUGCAAAAUUCAUGAUGAAUCUGAAAGCAGCACGUGAAGAAGUAGAUGGCCUGGUAAGUACAUUCAAGACACAGGCAGAACAUACAUCAAGCGUUGCAUGCGUUUUAUCGGAUAAGAUAUGUGAAACAAUUUCUUCACGCAUUUAUGAAUUCGGCAGCGAACAUCAGCAAUACAUGGCACACUGGGAUAUGGUACAGAAUGCACUAUCAGCUGAGACAUAUGUUGCAGUUGCAGAAUUUGGAGACAUAACUUGCACCGUUGAUGCAGUCAAACACGAAGAUGUGGAAAUUAUCAAACCAAUCGAACAACCGGAACUCUCGGAACUCACAGAUAAAACGAUUUCGCUCAAACUACAUGCAUCUGAAAUUGGUAAGUGGAAGAUUGUUCAAAGAAGUGCUGAAGCUGUAUUUCAACGAUCUAAUGAACAAGCUGCUAGAGAAGCAACUAUAAAUAUUAGCAUUGGAUAUGUCGAGGACCAAAACGGAAUUUUUCAAGAAUAUGGUUCUAUUUCAACAGAAAUUGCUGCUCAUUUUGCAAGAGUUCUGAUAAGGAAAACCGAAAAUGAGGCAAAAAUAUCAAGCAGUGUUAGUCGACACUGGAAAGAGUGCUUGGAUUUGGAAGCUUGCAGAGAAUGUAUUGCAAAUUUGGAGCAAUUAUUGGUAAAAGAUGAACCAAGCGAAAUAGUUAAAUGUAUUUGGAGGGAAGUAAAUCAUGAAAAAGCUGUUGUUGGUUUUAUUGCAAGUUCUGAAAUAUAUGAAACAUGUGUAGUCAUGUUUGACAAGCAGUCACAGUGCCAAUCCUUAAAAACUGUACUGAAAGAUAGAAAUCAGGAAUGGAUAAUCAGCGAACAAUAUGUUGUACAAAGUGAAAUAGCAAAAUUAAUAGAUACAACGUGGACCAUCAUCGUGAAUGAUUUUGAUAGCGCUAUUAAUAUCUGUGAAUCUAAUCGUGAGCAAGUAACGCUUAAUACUUCAGCUAGUCAAGAACUACAGUUGGAAAGUAAACAUGUACUAUGUAUGAAACCACCUCAUGAGAAUGCUUCCAUACAUUUUCGUACAAUCACCGCUGUUUCAGGCGAUGAAAGACACUUUAAAAUAGAAUCUAAAAUGAAAGAAAGUAUCCUGACACGUUCACAAGAAGAAUUAUUUGCGGAAAGUGUGCAAAAAGAAAUACUUCGCGCUGAAAAUCUGACAGAAUCGAUUACAGAAAUUUCAGAAGCACAGUUAGAUGCUGGAAUUUUGUUGAUGCGUCGUUCCGCAAAGAAGACAACUGAAGCUGCUUCACAUGUUGUUAGCGUUGUGUUGACGUUAUCAGAACAUUUGAAAACGCGGCAUGCCGAGAAGACCAGCAAGGAUGCAAGCGUAGAGUUCUCUAUUCCAGCGUCUAACCUGGAAGUGGAAGAUAAUAUCUGCCAAUCUGCCAUCAACCGAGGUAUUGUAAGUUUGGAAACUAAAUGUGCGAAGGCAGUAGCCCUGCAAGAAACUAUUGAGUUAACUAAAUCACGUGAGGUAUUGGAUGGAACGGAAAGUAUUUUAAAAAAAGCCCAUACGGAUACUGUGUUUGAAAGACUGAAAGAAACAAAUUUCGAAGGUUUUGAAAUUUUAUCGCAAUGGACUACUGUUGAUCGAGAUUUGGAAGCUGAAGUAAAGCUGCUGCACACACGGAACAUUGUCAGUAAAUUCUCAACCCUGGCAACCAGUGAAGAAGAAACUUCAAUUGGUGAGACGUGGAUAGCAGCGGAAUGCAACACAGAAACGUGCACGGUCAGAAACGUCAUUACAUCGGAAUGUUGCCAACGUAGCUUCCAAAUUGAAUUUGACGAAGUGAGAAUAUGGUUGGAAAAUUUUGAAAAAGAAGGAAGUUCUGAGAUGUUUUUGUGUGGUAAAAAUCACGACACGUUAUAUGUAUCCGUACAUGAGUCGAUUUUGGAAAAGUUAAGCGCAGUGAUUAGUCUUUAUCGUGUAUCCAACGUUUUAUCGAAACAAAUAGCAAAUGAAUACAUUUGGCGUGAGCAACAAUUUCUCGCAACGCUUCCGCUAUACAUCAGUUGUGAAGAUAUCGAAGCAGAUUAUACAACUGUAGAUGUUUGUUUGGAACGUGAAGUAGCACAAAAAUAUUUUGAAACAGUUCAAAUUUCAUCCAACCAGAUGGAAAUGGAAAUUUUUGUAUGCGAAGAAACUGGGGAUGAAAAAUUACACAUGGCUGUGAAAUUACAAGGAAAACGAUUGGCUCCUUUAGGCGUAGAAGUAAUAUGGCCUGAAGCUAGAAAAGAAGACGGCAUAAUUGUUGAUAUGGAAGAAUAUCGGGAGGAUCAGGUGAUAUUAUAUGAACAAUUAACUUCCGGAGAAGUAAGAUUUGCGGAAUUCAACAUGACUGUUAUCAUUAGUGAAGAUUAUGAACCGCAGAUGCUAAUAACCAAUACUACAAAAGAAGAAAUUGUUAAUGGAUACGAGGAAUUUAGGAUAGUGCCGCAGGAAAAAACCAUUAACUAUGUGAUGAUUAUCGGGAAUAAAGGUGAAUGUUUGUCGAUAUGGUUACAAGAAACCAAACAAAACUUUGUUACUGUAGGAUUUCAAUAUAGUGAACAAGCUGAAGAGCAUGAAAUGGAAGGUAAUUUUGCUGAGAAACGUUUCGGAGGAAAUUAUCAGCUAGUAACAAAGUCGGCACAAGCGGAAGAUCGUAAUGCUAGCGUGGCAAUGUUACGUCAAACCGAAAAUGAAACAAUUACUGAAGUUUUAAAAGAAAACAUUAGGAGUUUCUCAUCGAUGGAGGUUUUGGCAUCAACAUCCAAAAUAAUAGUGAUAGAUAUUAACUGGGAAAAAACGCCACAAACAGCAUUAGCAUUAACGCAACGUCCUUGCUCCCGAAAAGCGGAACCAAUUAGAAGUCGUUUUCUGGAAAUCGGUGAAACCACGCAUACUGUAUAUGCACAAUUUAGAAUUAAAGAAGUUUCAUGGAAGACUCCAGUUAUUUGGAAGGUUCCAAAUUAUGGCGGGCAUUUAACGCUGAAUACAGAAUCUGCGGAGGAAACAAUUUCGGAUCGUGAAAUCGAAUAUCACAAAUAUGAAACAUCCGAGACUGCAGUAAAAACAUUAAAACAAGUGGUAACAAUGAUAGCACCAGUACUAUCAGCACAGCAUGUUACUGAGGUAACGAAAGAAAUUAGAACGGAUUUAGUAAGACCAUCACCUAUAGAUCAAGUUUACUUACUUUUUAAACAAGCCAAUAGAGGUGUCAAUAUUGGGGCAAAUUUAAUUGAAACAACAGAUAUAAAACAAUCCAGCUAUCUACAGUUAGCACGAGAAAUCGCAUCUGUAAAGCUAGAAAAGAUAAUAAAGGAAGCUCGAUUUGGUGGAAAAUUAAAUCUUACAACUGGUGCUUCGGAAGAAUACGAAUUGAAUGUGAUAAGAGAGCUUACAAAUGGCGCUAUUCGAAUCGCUCAUUGUAGUCAAUUAAUAGUUUCCAAAAAUUGGAGUCGUGGUACAAGUUGUGAAGUCAUUGCCGCGAAAUCAGAAUCUGCUAAUGUGCAUAUAAAUUUGCGAAAUUCGGAAAGUACAGAUGAUGCUAGCCGAACCAUGUGCCAAAAGCCACUAAUAAGAAAUACAUUGACGAUACAAGAGAGCGAAAUAGUUGUAUUAACUAUUAAUUUGAAUUAUAUCAAACAAAGAGCAAAGGAAAUUUCAGAGAAGACGAUAUGGUUGGCACGGAAUAGUGAGCCAUGCAUCCUGACAACAUCUGCUGCAACGGAUGAACAGAAGUUGGUACAGUGGAUUCUGGAGAAACGACGUGAUACCUUUUUAAGUGCUUCAAGGAGAAUUAUAAUUAAGAACGUUGUGAAAAUUCUUCCACUGGAAACGAUCCAGCCAGAAUUCGUAGAAAUUGCCGUUUGUUCCAACCUUCAACGCACUAUCGAAAUGUUAAAAGUGUGUAAAACUUUGAUAGCAUCUAAUCGCGGCUAUGACGUGUAUUGGAAAUUACAUGAAACAUGUGAGGAAAAUGAAUGCUUGAAUUAUCAAUUCAAGCAGGAGAAUGCGGUGGAACAAGUUGAAGCGAUUCUUCGUCAGCCAUGUUAUGGUGGUCGUUCAAUUAUGAAUACUUCUGCUACAAAAGAAUGCAUGACUGACGUAACACUUCGACUGGAAUCAAAAUUGCCUACUCAAGCCGAAAUAUACUUUUCAAUUGAUAUAUCCAAUAAAAACAUUCCUGUAGUAUUCUCGGCUAAGUCAACGGUUCUGGUAGAAAGUAAUGAAGUCAUUACUUUAAAACGAAAACAUGAAGCUAAAGAAGUAGAAAUUAUUCGUAAAAUAGCAAACAUGGAUACAGCACAAAUAGUCACUGCACAAAUGAGCUUGGAAGCAGAAAGCGUCAUUAUAAAAUAUCAGCAUAAGGACGAGCAUAUGGAGAUUCAGAAGACAAUAUUCAUUGCAUUUUAUGGAGGGCAUCAGAAGCUAGAAACUUUCGCGGCAAACAAAAUUAUUACUGAUAUCUAUGAAGAGAUUAUAUCCAAGCAUCUGAUGUUUGCGGAAGCAUGCUUGCACCAAGUGGUUGCAAAUGUUGCGAGGCCAUGCAACUUGUCAACGCAGUCAAGCAAGCUCGAGGAAAGCAAUCAAGAAUAUCAUCUCCAAAAGAAACAGAUUUCUGAAAACGAAGUAACAUUAAUGUUACUUGCUGCCAAUUAUGAAUUUAGUAAAUUUAGUACCAUAGAAAGUAGCAGUGAAAUAGAAACGAUCACCACCCAUUGGCAACGUGACGGAACGUAUGAAGAAGUUCGGUUAUGCAUCUGUGACAAACGUUUUGGUGGAAAUUUACUGCUGUCAACUCAUUUCGCUCAAGAAUCUUCUAUCAUAUUUACAGCUGCUUUAACAGCCUCCCGUUCCAGUUUGGAAAAAAUUAUUUUCACGAUAGUUACAGCACGUCAUAGCGCAGAACAACCUAUACUUGCAACAUCGUCCACUACCGAAAUGUAUGCUGAACUUAGUUGUCAUUUGAAUCGUCCAUCUACUGGUCAGCAAUCAACGGUCACCAUUCACGCUGCUAAUCAGAUUAAGGGCAUUAAUGUUCAACUAACCGAAAGUACCAUCAUUUCUGAAACUACUAAUAUACAAUAUCAACGACCAAAUAUAGUUGUUGGUACAUUUUCAGAAGUAUUUCCGGAAGCACGCUUUGGUGGAUCAUUGAUUCUAAAUACUUUCGCUGCCAAGGAAACUUCGAUCAGUAUUCAGUCUUUGCAGAGCUUCCAAGGAGCGAAGCAGCUUGAAGUGCAAAUAGUUUUUGUGGACAAGAAUCGAACAAGUGAAAUGUGCCAUAUGUUGGCAAUUAAAGAACAAACACUUACAGCAAACUUACAACUUCAAAAACCAAGUGAUUUGUCCAACGUUGAGAUCGUGAAACGUGCAUCGCGUAGAGCUGAUAAUCGGUCCUUUACGUUUAUAGAAUCAAAAGAAAUUAAUCAAUUCAAUAAUUUCUUGUGGAAAAAUCCUGCAGAAACCAAUGCUGAGCAGAUCACAAUUUUGAAAGAAAUACGUUACGGUGGUCGUUUGGAAUUAAGCACUGGAUAUGCAACUGAACAAGCUGUUACGAUCACGGAUACAUUAAAGCAAACUUCGGCAGAGCUAAGUUCGACAGUAUUAAGGAAAACGGCAAAUCAAGGCGAAUCAGUGAAUAUAUCCUGUUCAGCUUCUCAAGCAAAUUAUAUAUCUAUUAAUUUAGAAUUACAAUCCAAGAAACUGGCACAACUCGAAGUUUCCACCAGUCGCAAGGCAGCAAAUCAUGAAGUGCCACAAAAAUUGAUUACAAAUGAAUCCAGUGAACUGGUGCUGACAACUAAUGUUACAAUACAAAAAUCUUUGGAUUAUGAGUCGGCGCAAACUGUUUGGAAAGCGAAAAAACAAGGCGGAAUAAUCGAAAUACAAUGUAAUGCCUCAAAAGAAUCAUACGCAGAGUUGUAUAUUUGCCUAGAAUCCAAAUUAUUACAGAAAAAACAUGUUGGCGCAAUGCUGAUAAUUCAUGAAGUGCACUUUGGCGAGAAUGUAGCUAUGAAUCUGAUGGCAGCAGAAGAAAUCAUCUUCAACUUUGAAAUAUCCUUUGAAAAGCAAGAUGUGGAGAGCAAGCAAAGUUAUACCGUCAAAGCAAUCAACGUCGCGUUGCCGGAAAUACUGAAUACUACAGAAAGUCUGGAAUCAGUGAUAGAAAUUGAAAAAGUAGAAGUGUGGAAGCGUCUUAGUGAAAUGCAUGCAGAAUUUGCUUUGAAAUUAGCUAGGCAAUGUUUACCUGUUUCUUUGCAAACAGAUUCCGCUGAAGAAACGUUCAUACGACAUGAAUCGGAAAUGUGUGUCGACGUCCAACGUACAACUGGUGCAAUAGAAAUUGAAAAAUCGGCGACCAUAAUGGAACGUGAAGCAUUGACCUGUACGGAAGCAGUUAAUGUGACGUUACGAUAUAAAGCUGUAGAUGAAGAGCAAGAAGAAAAAGUCGAAAAACGAGUAAGUUUUGCGGCCGAAGUAACCGAGAAAACGAUGUCAAUGGACAUGAAUGUGACAGUAGAACAACGAGAAACUCCACACAUUGUGAAAAAACCGAUGAAGAAAGAACAAUACGAUCGAAAACCAACUUUACGACAGAAUGAAGCUCCGAACUUCAUACCAGUACGGCGUAAUAGCUUAUUAUUAGCAAUGGAACUCGGUGAUGCUCAUAAUAUACCGCAUUAUAAAACCCUGGAAGAUGUCAUCAAGGGUAUCAAAAAAGCUGGUUUAGAAUAUUCGAAUCUGAUAUUCGGAAUCGAUUAUACGCAAUCAAAUAAGUAUCAAGGUGAAAGGACGUUUGAUGGACGAAAUUUGCAUGAUCUUAGUUCUGAUGAAAUGAAUCCUUAUCAACAGGUGAUCGAAAUUGUGGGAAAGACAUUAUCAUCAUUUGAUGCUGACGGUGUGAUACCGACCUAUGGAUUCGGUGAUGAGGAAUCAAGUGAUCAUGGCAUUUUCAAUUUGAAUGAUAGGAAUGAUAUAAAUGCCGAAUGCAAUGGCUUUGAAGAAGUUCUGAGGAUAUAUACUGACAUAACACCAUCUAUUCGAAUGUCUGGUCCAACAAAUUUCGUGCCUCUCAUUGAACAGGCAGUAUCAAUUGUACGUGAGAAGCAUUCAUAUCAUAUCUUAGUGAUUGUUGCCGAUGGGCAAGUAACGAACGAAAAGAUCAAUCAGAAGGCUAUUGCGGCAGCAUCGCGUUAUCCACUAUCAAUUAUCAUGGUCGGUGUUGGUGAUGGACCAUGGAAUAUGAUGACCAGAUUUGAUGAAACAUUGCCGAAACGAAUGUUUGAUAAUUUCCAUUUUGUUGAUUUCCAUAAAGUGAUGUUCAAUGCUCCAAAUCAGGAGGCAUCAUUUGCGCUUAAUGCUCUCAUGGAAAUACCUGAUCAGUAUAAAGCAAUUAAGGAACUUGGCUUGCUAAAGCAUUCACGACGUGGCUAG